UAAAUUCACUAAAUAAUUUGCUUUGCACACCAAUAUGUGUGAAUCCCCAACCAAGUGGUCCCAUAAACAGAGAUAAACUAAUUUCCAUUAAUGGAUUUCAAUUUUCCUGAUGUUUUCUGCUGGAUUCAAAAUCUCCCACCAAUAUCACAAUGGGAAACAAAUUCAAUCCCCCUAAACAUAUGUUCUUCAACCACAUCACAACCAUUACUCAAUCUCACCAUAUCAAAAACUCACCAAUCCUCAAAACUCUCUUUUAUCAUAGUGGCUGAUUUCAACAUUCCAAUGCAUCUCUGGACUUCAAAACCACUUAAACCAAGUAGCACUAAAACCACAAAUUUACUUGAUGAAGAAACCAUUUCAAAUCUCUUUAUUAAUUUCGUCCAAGACAUCUUUCAUUAUGGUUCAAACAAAAACUCCCCUUUUAUAAGAUUUCCAAAACUCGACUCUGUUCCAAACCUUUCAAAUAUUUUCAACCUCACUUUCUUCACUCUUUUGCUCCUCAUUUGCAUCUAUGAAGCUCCUAAGAAUAUUCGUGCUACAUGUAUUUCUAUUUUGAAAGACCAUUUAACAGGUUUUCAAUCAAGACAAGCAUCGAAUUUACUUAUGAAAAUUUUGGGUUCGAAUUUGCAAGAACAGUGGAUGCGUUCUGUGAACCUUGGAAUUACAAAUUGGGUUGGUGAAGCACGUGAUCAAAUUCAAAACAUAUUUGCAACACCUUGUUCUUUGUUUUCUUAUGCAUUUUCAACAUAUGGGUUGUGGAAAGUGCAAUUAUAUUGUCCUGCUUUAUGUAUGGAUGUUGAGAAAUCCAAAAGUAAUCCACCUGAGAGACUUCAAUUCUCUCUUAAAUAUCAUCAAGUUGAAGGUGUUCUUCAGUUCAAUUACAAAGUUGUUAUUGAAGAGAAGUGGCUUGAAAUCAUGGUUAAUGUUGAUAACAUAAGGUGUGAUGUUACCAAAUUGGUGAAUGAUUCUCUAGUGAAGGAAAGAGGGGCAGGUGUAGGGGAAAAACAUUUUCCUUCAAGAAUAUCAUUGCAACUCACACCAACUCUUCAAAACCAAGUGGUGAGUCUAUCAGUUGGAAAAUCCUCUGAAAAUCCACAAAAAGAAAUUGGCAUAGACAAAGGUAUAGAAGCUUCAUUUAACCCACCAAAUCCCUUAGGACUCAAGGUAUCAUCUUCUGAGUCAACUACUGUUAGUUUAAAGCCAUGGAAAUUUGAACAAUCUGUUUAUGGUUAUAGUGCAAAUUUUAAUUGGUUUCUUCAUGAUAGCAUGGAUGGAAAAGAAGUUUUCUCAUCAAAGCCUUCUAAAUGUGCAUUGAUUAAUCCAAAGUCAUGGUUCAAAAAUCGUUACUCAAGUGCUUAUAGACCUUUCACUAGACAAGGUGGUGUUAUUUUUGCGGGUGAUGAAUAUGGAGAAAGAGUGAUGUGGAAAGUUGAUAAAGGAGCUAUUGGGAAAACUAUGGAGUGGGAAAUAAGGGGUUGGAUAUGGUUAACUUAUUGGCCUAACAAACGUGUCACAUUGUACAAUGAAACUAGGAGGUUGGAGUUUCAUGAAAUAGUUCAUCUUGAUGUUGUAUAACCUUAAUUGGCUUAGGUGUGAUGCAUGAUAUAUUUUUUUAUUUUGCAAAACCAAUGAUGCCUAUAUGAUUUUAAUGUGGAAAUAGCGAAAUUACGGAAAACUACGGUGAGUGAAAUACGUAAAAGUUACACUUUAUGGUGGUUUA